AUGUUUCGCUUCCAUAAGACACUCGAUAUCGUGACAGUCUUCCACAAGGCCAGCUCUCCAGCAUCCGUCAGAGUCGCCAACCUUUUGAAGCAGGUCUCGGCCAAUGCCACUUCUGGCGCUACUCUUGACCAAGCGAGCGAUCACUCCGCCCAGACGGCACCCAUUCGAGACCAGUUUGAGCUCAACAUCACCGAGGAUCCUCCUACAGACGACCAGGUGAAGACAAUUCUGGAAUAUGUUGGAAACAAAGGUAUCCCCAAAGUGAUCAAGGGCGCAAAUGACGAGAAGGAGGCUCUUAGGAAGUUCAAGGAGAGCAAAGAGAACUUCAUUAGACCAGUGGUUGUGGAUUGGAACAACGGCAAGGCCAUUGCUGGCGACAACGAGUCUGAGAUCCUCAAGCUUCUGAAAGCACAGAAGUAA